AUGUACGAUGCAACUAGGAUGCCGUCCCCUAAGGACGGUUCAAACGGGGUGGCCCAGCCGGUUGUCCCCGGAGCCGCAGCAGGAUCAGGAGCUCUUGCGCCAACUGCAGUCCUACAAACCACGACUGAGGACGGGCAGCAUGGUACGGGGGAGGAGGAGCCCAAAGCAGAGCCUGUCCUGGUGAAGAAGCCGCACCGAGAGAUUCUGGACCACGAGAGGAAAAGGAGGGUGGAGCUCAAAUGUAUGGAGCUCCAGGAGAUGAUGGAGGAGCAGGGGUACACAGAAGAAGAGAUUCGACAGAAAGUGAGCACGUUCAGACAAAUGCUGAUGGAUAAAGAGGGCGUCAUCACCAGAGAAGGAUCACACACACAACCAGUGGUCAACCACCUCCACUAUCAGCCUGACGAGUAUGAAGAGGACCCUCAGUUGGCCGGCUAUGAAGACGGGGACAAUGACCAUGAAUACCACAGUGACAGCAGAGUGAAGAGGAAAUCAAGCAGCUCUCCAUCCCCUCGUCCAAAGAAGAGGAAGAAGAAGAAAUCUGGCCGCAGAAGAAGCAGGUUUGGCAGCUCCUCACCCACGCGCAGAGAGAAGAAGAAAAAGAGUGGGAAGAAACACAAACGAGACAGAUCUGCAUCUGGCUCCAGGAAUAAGCGGAGAUACAGAUCGGGCAGCCCAAAGAACAAACACAAAGACAAGAAUAAACAGAAAAAGAGGUCCCCCGGUGAGACCCCCAGUAGGAGUUCACAGCGUCAAGGCAGCUGCUGCAGCUCCCGUAGCGCCUCCCUGUCCUCCACUCGCAGCACCUCCAAAUCUCCCUCCAGACUGAACUCCAAGCACAAGACCGACGGGCCGAAGGCGUCCGGCCCCGCGCUGUCCCCGGGCCCCAACAGUCCGGCCACGUGGCACAACGGGGACCACGCCCAGCGGAGCCGCAACGGCAAGGCCAGCAGACUCAACCACGGCGAGGGCGAGAAAGGGCACGAUAAACUCCAUCUGUUGACUGCGAGCGCUGCAAGCAUCCAGUCCACGCUGCUGAGAGAGCACAAGCUCCACAGCGCCCCCGGCAGGAGCCAGGCAGGGCCGAUGUGCUUGGCAGGAGAAGCUGGGAGUGUUGACGGCAGGACCUCAGCCGUGGGGGGCACCGUGUCCCAGACGACAGGGAGGAGAGGGAGCCAGAGAGGCCAGAACAAGAGCUCCCACUCCCCUGCCCACAGCAGCGACUCAGCCCACUCCCAGCACAACCACACUCACAGAGGGAGGAGUUCUCGGCACCAAAGAAAGACAAAAGGCGGCCACUCUUCCAAGCGUCACCACCGCUCCAGCCGGGGCCAGGCGCACCACCACAGCCAGUCAGCAUCUCCAGGACGACACUCACACACGUCAGGCAAGAAGAAAGAGGAGUCUCGGAGCAAAGCCAACCUCCGACAGCGCAGCAGCUCCUGGAGCAGUGGGCGCUCGUCCUCGCACUCUGCAUCCAGAGACAGAGGCCCCAGCAAGCCCAAGUCCCCACACAACAGACAGAACAACUCCAGAGAGAGGGACAGUCCUAACCACUCCGACGCUGACAGCCGAGCUCGCCGCCGCUCACGCAGCUACUCCCCCAUUCGCAAAAGAAGAAGAGAUUCACCCAGCUUCAUGGAGGCUCGCAGGAUCACCAGUGCUCGCAAGCGGCCGAUCCCGUACUACCGGCCCAGUCCGUCCUCGUCCAGCAACGACAGCAGCCCGUCCCGGUCCAGCCGUAGCCACAGCUACAGCAGCUGCAGCCGCAGCAGGAGCCACAACCGGAGCCACAACCGGAGCCACAGCCGGAGCAGGAGCUGGAGCCGGAGCCGCAGCAAGAGCAGGAGCUGGAGCCGCAGCAGGAGCCGCUCCCGCAGUCACCACAGCUACGACAGCCGCAGCAGCUACGACAGCCCCGGCUUCUGA